CUGUCAGCAUUGAAAUGAACACACAGUACAGGAUUUUUCAGCUAUAAAUUUGAAAGUCGCAUGUCACUGCACGCACAACAUUACUGUCCACCAACUUGGAGCGCAACAGAGGGACCAAGUAUCGCCUGGAUUCGCAAUGGUGGCGCCAUGGAAACAGAUUUCCAUCUGUAUUCUGUUGCUGUCCUCGGGUAUCUGUGGCAAUGGAAGCUGUGCAGAGGGCGAGCCCGAGGAUGGUGCCAGGAUGGUGGCAGAGGUGAUGCCCGAGGAUGGUGCCAGGAUGGUGGCAGAGGUGAUGCCCGAGGAUGGUGUCAGGCUUUCCUGGGACAAACCUGGAGAAGAAAUGACAAGCAGUAGGCAUCCUGGUCAGAUUCAAGGCAGGGUGCAAUGUGAGAUUUGCACAUUUGUUAUAAGGAAGCUCUUGGAGGCUACUGGUCACGCUCACAAAGACAUGACCGAGGAGAAAAUUGUUGAAAAGCUCAAGGGAAUCUGUCCAAAUUGGGUGAAACGCGAGUGCCACGAUUUUAUUAAAAAAUAUGAAAAGCAAUUGGUCAAUACUUUUCUCCACGUCCAUGAUCCCAGAAAGGCCUGCGUAUCAAUGGACUUUUGCAAACCCAGUAGAAGAGCUGGAAAUGCUUUGUAAAUUGUGGAGAGGAUGUUGGACUGAGCUGUGUGUCAUGUCAUGUCAUGCCAUCUCCUUUAUGGCAAUCCAACAUGGUCAUGCUUUUGUGUUUUGCUUGUUUUGUAUUAUUAACCUUGUAGCACAUUAAAGGUCCUCUGUGUAAGA